AUGAGCUCCCAAUCCCUUUGUCACGUCCUCCGCAACGGCAUCAGCAUCAGUGCGCGUCGCCAGGCACUAAUCACGCGAGGUGGACACGCCCACCGCCCACCACCACCUCCAUUUGCGCGCAUUCAGGUGCCAAAUCAGCCGUUGCAUGAGGAGGCGGAGCUGUUCCAGGCAUUACGACACUUGAUGCUCGGAUUAAGCGCCUUUGCUACACUCAUGGGCGUGGUGACGCUGUAUGAUCCGAAUUCAUGGCGACAAGCGGUGAAGCGAGGCGACCAUCUGCUCGACCUCAAAUGGGAAAUGGGUGAGGCUGAUAAGCCUGAGGAAGAGAUGGAAGAUUAA